AGUUUGCCGCCGAUUGCAACACCUCAAGCCGGAAGUCAUGACUGACACAUGGUCGUUUUAUUUUUUUUAUUUAAAUAAAUAAUAAAAGAAGUUUAGACAAAUGAAUUCGUUUAAAAGAACGAAUGUUCAGACUUUCAAUAAAACUGCAGUUCCAGUCACUCCUGAUUCAAUUUAUUGGAAAAAAUUGGGGAAACCGUAUCACAUAAAAGAGUUUGGAGGCAUCGAUUAUAUUGAUUUUUGUCACUCGGAGCAAAACUAUUUUGCAGUUUCAUGUUCUGUCCGUGUCCAAGUUUACAACCCAACCACAAAACUUGUUAUUAAAAACUUCUCCAAGUUUCAACAACAAGCAUAUGGUGGAAAUUUUCGAUAUGACGAUCGCCUCUUAGUUGCUGGAGAUGAAGAAUCAACAGUGCGUCUCUUUGACGUGAGCUCUAAGAAUAUUCUGCGUUUGUUCAAAGGACACAAAGCACCUGUUCACCGCACAUUCUUUGCAAGUGAUACCACUAUUGCAAGUUAUUCCGAUGAUAAAACAGUCAAAGUUUGGGAUAUUCCAUCAGAAAAAGCUCUUAAUACUUUUGCUGAACAUAGCGAUUAUAUUAGAGCAGGAUGUGUGAGUCCUGUUUCACUAAACCUCAUAUUGAGCGGUGGCUAUGAUAAAAUUGUAAAAAUGUAUGAUACUCGAACUGCGAAUAGUGUGAUGGAGGUAAUGCAUGGAAGUCCCGUGGAAUCUAUGUUAAUGCUUCCGACGGGAGGUAUUUUCAUUACAGCCGGUGGCACUGAAAUUAAAGUUUGGGAUGCGCUUGGUGGUGGAAAAUUACUCGCUAGCAUUAACCAACAUCACAAGACGGUAACCUGUUUGCGCAUGGCAAGCAAAGGGAAACGUCUUGUGUCAGCCAGUCUGGACAAACAUUGUAAAAUAUACGACAUUGCUACAUACCAAGUGGUCCACAGCAUUGAUUUUCCCAAUUCGAUUCUCAGCUUGGGUUUGGCAAAAAAUGAUAAGGUUCUUGCAGGUGGAAUGGUUGAUGGGACAGUGUCUGUUUUUCGCAUGGAUGAUACGGAAAAUGAUGAAAGCAAUAUUAAAUUUACGCAACAACAAAGACGCUUUGACGUAUUGGAUAAAGUAGAUGAGGUCAUAAAAGACCACGUUAAAAAUGCUGAACCGCAAUACGACAAAUAUCUCAGGAAGUAUAAUUACUCUGCUGCUUUGGAAUUUGCAUUAAGACCUCAUUUGACAAAUAAAACGCCUCAUGUAAGUGUUGCCAUUAUACGAGAGCUCAUUCAUCGGAAGGGCUUGCAGAGAGCACUGAUGGGACGAACACAAAAUGUACUUGCGAGGUAUUUAAAUUUCAUUAAAAAAUACUUCAAUGACUAUCGAUUCAAUAGAACACUCCUCGAUGCAGCAACAACUUUUAUGCAAGUCUAUGAACAUAGCAUAUAUAGCAUGUCUUCAGAUGUACAACAACAUUUCAUAGCACUAAAAGAUCGAAUUCAGGAAGAAGAAAAACUUUCGUUAGAGUUUAUGGAAUUGCGGGGAGUAAUGGAAUUGUUAUUUAGUGCUUCAAAUGUUGAAUCUAUUGAUUCAGUCAAGGCGCAAAAUUACAGUAAUUUACAAACUGCAUCGGAGGAUGCAAAAAGAAAGUCUAUCAUUUCUGUUGAAUAAAAUACGUAAAAUUUAUUUCAAUAAAUCCAAAUCGUUUUGUAACGAUUCUAACGUUGUGAAAAGAUUUUUCAACUCUUCAUUUGCCAUAUUCAAAUGCAAAUUAUUAUUUUCAUUAACUGUUUUUAGUCUCAAGACGCUAGCUGGAAAUUUGGACUUUUGAUGCGUAGAUGAACUUGUUGUUACUUUUAAAUCCCACUGGACAUCAAGAAGUUCUUUAUCAGCAACAACGCUUUCUAAUAAAGACUUUGUUUUUGUCAUCCAAUAAUUUGUCAGCACUUUUGCCUUUUCGUCUGACAUUUUCAACUGAACUAUCAAAUCCUCACGAAUUACAUCAGGAGUGCCUAUUACAACCAUUAAUCUACUUAAAAUAUAGCUCAACGUUUUAAUUGAAACAAUCAUUUCUUUUUUAUCCAUCUCUGUUGUUUGAAAUUCAGCCAGCUUUUGUUCCUUUUCUCUUUCAUUUCCGAAUACUUUUGAAUAUGCCAAAUCUAUUAGACUGUAAAAGAGAGUGUUGUCGUCCAAUGUGUUAAUAAUCGAUACACCAUUCAAAAUUUUUUCUGUCGGACUGAUCCAAGACAUGUUUUUUCAAGGGAGUAAAUAUAAUUUAAUAGG